UUCGAUGUAAACUGUCUGUUAACCAGUCACCGCUAUUUUGCAGAGCGAAGAAGACGCUGGAGUUGUUGUUGCCAUCGCUGCCAGUUGUACGAGCUAGCAUGUAGUGACCUGUAGCCUCCUUUUUCUGUAUUUGCAAUAUGAAGAAUGGAAGAAGACGAUGUUACUAUUAGAGAGCAGAAUUUCCACAGCCAAGUUCGAGAGUACAUCAUUUGCUUCCUCCUGUUUGCAGUCCUCUACAUCGUGUCCUACUGCAUCAUAACCAGAUACAAGAGGAAGAGUGAUGACCACGAGGACGAGGAUGCUGUUGUCAACAGAAUAUCAUUAUACUUGUGCACCUUCACCCUGGCAGUGUCGGGUGGUGCCGUCUUCCUACUGCCUUUCUCAAUCAUCAGUAACGAGAUCCUCCUCUCCUUCCCCAAAAACUAUUACAUUCAGUGGCUCAAUGGCUCCCUCAUCCACGGUCUGUGGAACCUGGUGUCACUGUUCUCCAACCUUUGCCUCUUCGUCCUGAUGCCCUUUGCGUAUUUCUUCCUGGAGUCUGAGGGUUUUGCGGGAUCCAAAAAGGGCAUUAGGGCGCGUAUUCUCGAGACCUUUGUGAUGCUCUUCCUGCUGGCUUUGCUCAUCCUGGGUAUCGUGUGGGUGGCAUCAGCGCUAAUUGACAAUGAUGCAGCCAGUAUGGAGUCACUCUACGAUCUUUGGGAAUUUUACUUACCAUACCUCUACUCCUGCAUAUCUCUGAUGGGAGGACUGCUUUUACUCAUGUGUACUCCUGUGGGACUGUCCAGGAUGUUCACCAUCAUGGGCCAGUUACUGGUGAAGCCAACAAUCCUGGAGGACCUGGAUGAGCAGAUUUACUGCAUCCAUUUGCAGGAGGAAGCCCUUCAGAGGAGAUUAAACGGAUUGUCCUCACACACUUAUCCCCGAGGAAGCUUUACUCACCAGCUCAACAAAGAACUGGACAACAUUCGAAAUCAGAGGAAUAAAUUGGAGAGAAGAAAGAAAGCAUCAGGUUGGGAGAAGAACUUGUUGUAUCCCAUAGUGAUGCUGAUCCUGCUCGCAGGAACGACAAUCUCAGUUCUCAUGGUGGCAUUGAAUAUCCUCUACCUUUUAGUGGAUGAAACUGCCAUGCCCAAGGGAUCCACGGACCGAGGCAUUGGGAACACCUCUCUGUCCACAUUUGGUGUGGCUCAGGCAGUGCUGGAGAUCAUCCUCAUGUUCUACUUGAUGGUGUCCUCUGUCGUUGGUUUCUACAGCCUGCGAGUCUUUGAGGGACUCACUCCCAAGAGCGAUGACACAACCAUGACAACGAUCAUUGGUUGCUGUGUGUCCAUCUUGGUCCUCAGUUCAGCACUGCCAGUGAUGUCCAGAACUCUUGGUAUUACCAGGUUUGAUCUCUUGGGAGACUUUGGGAGAUUUAAUUGGCUGGGAAACUUUUACAUUGUCCUUUCAUACAACAUGCUGUUUGCGGUUGUGACAACUCUCUGUCUUGUGAGAAAAUUCACCUCAGCGGUACGGGAGGAGCUUCUAAAGGCCUUAGGUCUGGAUAAAUUGCAACUGUCAAACAGCCCCACGGACCCUGAAUCUGGGAAGCUCUCGGCCAACGGGCAUCAGAAAACUCUGUGAAAGGGACGAUAGAUCAACACACAGACACACGUACACACACAUAGACACACACACACCUUAGCACAGCCAAAGGGAGAUUUCGACAGUACUGCCUGACUGCUGAAAGGUGAAAGGGAUUGGAAGGAACUUAAUAAACCCAGGCAGUGUCUGACGGAUGCCGCAAAUGGAGGCUGAGAGCAAUUUAGCUUCGUGACAUUCCAUCCUCUGCGUCUCGGAUGGAAGCUGGGACAGAGCCAGGGAUGAGACUGAGGAGUGAAAUAGACUGGCAUCACUGCAGUGACCUUGAUGUUGACCUCAACCGCGACUGUGACUUUAAACCACCCAUCUCUUGCUUCAGGGGCACUCCCCAACCCCCCAGCAUCCCUACCUGUUUUUCUUCUACAAUCUCCUUACCACUGCACUAGACAAAAUCAAGAGGGUAUAGCAGGUUUAACUAUGUCUUUUUUCUAAGUCUUACAUCUAACUAAGAGGCAAAGGGUUCUUUUCCAUCACCCUGCUCCUCCCCUUUACUCAGUAUAAUAAAUAGACCACCACAAUUCCUUUAGACUCAUUUUUUUAAUGUCGAUAUGUCCAUGGUAAUCGGUGUCAGUGAUACACAGAGCAUUUGCAGUUUGUGGUCUCUAAUGAUUGGUCUUUGAUUGAUAUGUGAACUGAUACAGGCAUGAUAAGGUAUCAUUUUUUUAUUUGUUUAAGCUCAAAAUGUGAAAACAAGAAAAUGUGCUUUGUGAAGCAUGAAAGAAGUCAGUUAUUCACUCAUCACAGCCAGUACAUAAACCUGCGCGGCAUCAAUACAACUCACAUUAUAUGCAUCGGCACUGUCUUCCCUGAUGGGCCUCAGAUUUUAGCACCCGUGCUGUCAUUUGUCUUUUUUAUUUGGCUUUACUCAAGUGCGCUUUAACUUUAUCGAUGAUGUCAUUAGUUUGUAUGAAGUAGGGUAAGAACAUUUUUUUAGGUGCUCUAGAUUAGACUUGAGCUACUCUGCAAAUGGGAAACUUAAUGGGAGUUGUGUCUACUUCGGUUCCAAAGAGCAGAAUGCUUUAGUGUAUUUGGAGCUGACUCUGGUUGUAUUUCCUGAAAUUUUAUUAUGCACAUGGUAAGAAAAUGUCAUCACAUUUUUGCUCAUCCCAAAAAAAAAUUAAGAAUUUAAAUUCACAGGGCACAGAAAAAAAUUGUCAGUUGUUUUUGUAAAUGUUGUAUUUACAUGUACAUAUUAUGUUGUGUUUCAUACCUCUUUUGCAUUAUUUGGAUGUAAAUAUUUGGGCUCUCGUUGAGCCCACUGAGGGUCUGACUCACUAAGCAAUCUGUAUUUUGUUGUACUUUUUUUUUUUUU